AAACGAAGAGUCAAUCUUUGUUCAAAACCCCUAACGAAGAGUCAGUCUUCAACCCCCAACGAACCUCUGUGUAACCAACAAACCCUAGAACCUUUCCCAAUUCCGCUGCCACAACUAUCUCAACCGCCACAACCCACAACUAUAGCCGCCGCCUCCAUUCUGUGGCGGAAACCCAGCUACCGCCACAUCAAAAGCCCAAAACCGUCACAUUCAGUCUUCGUCGCCCAUCCAACUCCGAACCAGAAAAAAAAACCAAAAUCAAAUCAAAACCUAAACCCCGAAAUCGACCCUGAAACCCCGCUAAAUUUCGCAUCCACUGCCGUCACUAAAAACCCUAGGGUUUCACCGCAAUCUCCGACAAUCGCAACAGGAAAAAACAAUCAAUUGAAUAAAAAAUACUCACCGGAAAAAAAUGUCCAGUUCUGGACGGCCGUCGGCGGCGACCGUUGCAACCGGAGACUUACAGAUUGUACCGGCAUCCCCAGAUAGAACCGGGAUCUCCGCUCUUCCUCUUCGACAUCCGAAUAAUAAUUCUUCAACAGCAUUUGUUGAAUACACGCCUCUGGUACCUAAUCGGGAGGAUGAGGAUCUUGAGGUCAAGCUCCGACGUAUUUUAGAUUGUGUUCCUGUUCGUGUUAAUAAUACUUCCGGUAGUUCUGCCGGUUCUGGCUCCGGUGACUUUCAUCAGUACCGACAAAUGAGACGGAAGGAACAAGACAGGCUUGCAAGAAUGGAUGUUGACUUCCAAAAGAGGAAACAAGUGGCUACAGAUGGUGAAGAUAUGCAAAUUCCAGCUGGCACUAAGCCCUAA